AGGGAGUUGAAAAUUUGGAGUUGUUGGGUGGUUUGGUCGCGAGUUGAGAAAGAGCAGAGGAAGUGAAAGAGCUCAAGCCUCAAAUCUAAAAGAAUCUAAACAGUAAACAUCACCGUCUCUUCCUUCACUCUUUAACUGUGUGUGGUAAAUGUUAAUUGUUCCGGUGCGGUGACGAAUUUCCCGAUUUCCUUUGCGUGUGAGAAAAGAAAGACAAAACCCACAAGCUCGGAAGACUUUCUAUUUCUCCGUGUGUGUGUGAGGAUGUGGCGUGGGAGGUGUCAUCCUGCUCAGGCCGUCUUGUUUGUGUUUGUGUUUGUGAUUGCCGUGGCAGCGGCUGCCGACGAUGUUAAACGUGAUGACGUCAGGGCUCCCAAGUCUCAAUCCUGCGAUAAUCCCUUCCAGCUGGUGAAGGUGAAGAACUGGGUUGAUGGCGAGGAAGGUCGGGUCUACAAUGGAGUUACAGCUAGAUUUGGCUCUUCACUGCCUGAGAGCGCUGAAAAUAGUGAUCCAGCCCCCGCCAUUCUCCCUUAUCCUAUCGACUGCUGUUCUGCUUCCACUUCCAAGUUAUCUGGUUCGGUUGCUCUCUGUGUGCGUGGUGGUUGUGACUUCACCACUAAAGCUGCAUUUGUGCAGUCGGGAGGUGCUAGUGCCAUGUUGGUGAUAAAUGAUGCCGAAGAUCUCUUUGAGAUGGUCUGCUCCAAUAGCACCGAGGUAAGCAUCUCAAUCCCAGUUGUCAUGAUAACAAAGUCAGCGGGAGACGCUCUCAACAAAUCCUUGACUUCUGGAAGCCGAGUGGAAAUUCUGUUAUAUGCUCCCCCUCGCCCACUUGUAGACUUCUCAGUCACAUUUUUGUGGUUGAUGUCUGUUGGCACAACUGUAUGUGGUUCACUUUGGUCAGACCUAACUGCUCCUAAUCAGUCUGAUGAACGCUAUAAUGAAUUGUGUCCCAAGGAAUCUUCAAAUGGUGAAACGGCAAAAGAUGAUUCUGAUAAGGAAAUUGUGAACAUCGAUACGAAGGGUGCUAUCAUUUUUGUCAUAACAGCAUCAACUUUUCUUGUGCUGUUGUUCUUCUUCAUGUCAUCUUGGUUUAUCUGGGUGCUGAUUGUAGUUUUCUGUAUUGGUGGCAUUGAGGGGAUGCACAGUUGUAUUGUAAGCCUCUCUUUAAGGUACAAUCAAUGUAUUUUUCCCUCCUUUUCCAGUUGGAAAGGUAAAUAUUUUUGGGCUGCUACUCGACAGCAAUCAUAUUCAUGGAUUGGCCAAGAUAUUCUUGGCAUCUGCUUGAUGAUAACAGUCUUGCAGUUGGCUAGACUACCUAAUAUUAAGGUUGCAACUGUACUCUUAUGUUGUGCGUUUGUCUAUGACGUCUUUUGGGUGUUCAUAUCUCCAUUGAUAUUCCAUGAGAGUGUUAUGAUAACGGUUGCUCGAGGUGACGGGGCUGGUGGGGAAGCGAUUCCAAUGCUUUUGAGAUUUCCUCGUCUUGUUGAUCCCUGGGGUGGUUAUGACAUGAUUGGAUUUGGAGAUAUUCUCUUUCCUGGUUUGCUUGCUUCCUUUGCCCAUAGAUUUGACAAAGAUAAGAAGAAGGGAGCAUUAAGUGGAUAUUUUCUUUGGUUGAUAAUUGGCUAUGGCGUGGGCCUCAUAUUCACAUAUUUGGGGCUUUAUCUGAUGAACGGACAUGGACAGCCAGCACUUCUCUACCUCGUUCCCUGUACAUUAGGUGUGACCAUUGUAUUGGGAUAUGUAAGAGGUGAGCUGAGGUGCCUUUGGAAUUAUGGGACAGACUUCUCGUCUUCCUUAGAGCCUUCUGAGGUUUAAGAUGUAUCGCACACUGUUGAAUGGGGCCUUUGGAAUUAUGGGACAGACUUAUCGUCUUCCUUAGAGCCUUAUGAGGUUUAAGAUAUAUCACACGCUGUUGAAUGAAUGCAGUAAGGGAAGGAAACGACCUACUCUUUAUCUUUUGUAUUAAUGGAUGAAUGAUUAAUGGAUCUUCGUUUUGCUGCUACACAGUUCUUGUAUACAUAAGCAAUACGCAGAAAGAAACGUACCUAGGAAAAAGUACCGUCACUCGUACCUUUUCUACCUCUGAAGUACAGGAGAAUAAUGCUUUUUCAGUUUUUUUGAACAACGUAAAUAAUAAAUUAAUUAAGUUUAUUUA